UUAAUACGUUGAGCCCUAAGGACUGCAUCAUAAUAAGACUACGGCUUACUAAGCUGCAAAGAUGGCCUUGGCUUCUUCUGUAAAAGUGGUUCUGGGAUCACUUGCUUUCGCAAUCUUCUGGGUAUUGGCGGUCUUCCCAGCCGUUCCUUUUCUACCAAUUGGGAGGACUGCUGGGUCCCUCCUGGGUGCUAUGCUAAUGGUAGUAUUCCGAGUCCUAACUCCAGAUCAAGCAUAUGCUGCAAUUGAUCUACCAAUCCUUGGUCUUCUCUUUGGGACAAUGGUUGUCAGUGUCUAUCUAGAAAAAGCGGACAUGUUCAAGUACUUGGAAAAUCUUCUCUCAUGGAAGAGUAAAGGAGCAAAGGACUUACUUUGUCGAAUCUGCCUGAUUUCAGCCAUUUCAAGUGCCCUUUUUACUAAUGAUACCUCAUGUGUGGUAUUAACUAAAUUUGUCUUAAAAAUUGCAAGGCAACAUAAUCUCCCGCCUCAACCUUUCCUUCUUGCCCUGGCCUCUAGUGCAAAUAUUGGGUCUUCAGCGACUCCAAUUGGCAACCCCCAAAAUUUGGUUAUAGCUGUUCAGAGUAAGAUAUCUUUUGGGAGUUUUCUAAGUGGAAUUCUCCCUGCAAUGCUAGUGGGAGUGGUUGUCAAUGCUCUAAUUCUUCUAUCCAUGUAUUGGAGGCCGUUAUCAAUUCAGAAGGAUGAAACAGAUGCAGCUGUAGAUAUUGUUGAAGAGGUGGAUGUGGAUUCUCAUUGCUUUUUACCAGCCAGGAUGUCACAUAUCAUAUCCUUGAAUUCUCAGAAGUGGUACUCUAGAUUGGAAACUAUAAAUGUGCAAGGCUCUCCCAACGUGCAUGGGAACAUGGAUCAUGUUGAGACCACUAGAAACCAUUUAAGUUCAAAUGAGAAUGAAAUCCACAGGGUCCCUUGUGGCACGUUGGAUUCUGCAAGGAAAUCUAGUGCAUCGAAAGAGCUGGAAGAUGUUGUAUCUUCAGAAGGAAAGGAAGAUUUGACCAUUAGAUGGCAAAGGAUGUUGUGGAAGUCGUGUGUUUACCUUAUUACUAUAGGAAUGUUGAUUGCUUUGCUCAUGGGGCUGAAUAUGUCAUGGACUACAAUUACUGCUGCACUUGCUCUUGUGGUUCUUGAUUUCAAGGAUGCUAGGCCUUGCCUUGAAAAGGUCCCCUAUCCGCUUUUGAUUUUAUUUUGCGGAAUGUUUAUCACAAUAGAUGGCUUUAACAAAACUGGAAUCCCAAGAACUCUAUGGGACCUCAUGGCGCCUUAUGCACAGAUUGAUCAUGCUAGCGGGAUAGCAGUUCUUGCCAUUGUCAUUCUUGUCCUGUCAAAUUUGGCUUCAAACGUACCAACUGUUUUGUUGUUGGGAGGACGAGUGGCAGCAUCGGUAGCUGAUGAGAAGAAGGCAUGGCUCAUCUUAGCUUGGGUUAGCACUGUAGCUGGGAACCUCUCAUUAUUGGGAUCAGCUUCUAACUUAAUAGUGUGUGAAGAGGCUCGCAAAGCUCCACGUCAGUACACUUUAUCUUUUUGGAGCCAUCUCAAAUUUGGACUCCCCUCGACCCUUAUAGUCACUGCUAUUGGUUUGAUACUCAUACAAUGAUCAUAUAUGUUGUGUUGGUUUGACAAAA